AUGUUAUCUGAAAUUAUUAACUAGAAAUAAUAAUACAUAAAAUCUGAUACUAUAACUUUGAGUGAUUUUGGAAUUCAAACAAUAGGAUAUUCUAAUACAUUUAAGAACAUGUAUAUGAUUUGCCUGAUUAUAAUAGAACAAAGUUACAUCUUACAGGAAACAAAAUAGUGAAAUUAGAUGGAUUAGAAUAAUUUACGAACCUACAAUACUUAAAUUUGUCCAACAACCAGAUUGAAAGUAUUAAGGAAUUCUAACAUGUACCAUAAUCAUUGUAGUGUUUGUUUGUAGCAGGGAAUCCUUUUACUGCCAACCUGAAUUAUGGUUAUUCUUUGAUGUGCAUACUAAUGAAUUUGUAAUAGUUGGACAAUGACAAAAUAAACAGGCAGCUGACUUAAGAAUACUAGAUUAAGAUGCAAACAUAUGGUUUUCCUGUGUUAGCAUACUUUGUGCAUUUUAACAAUAAAUAAUUAACUCCUAUAUUUAACAAUAGAUCAAUAACAUACAUACAGAAACUUUUGAUGAUAAUUGAUUUAUUAGUAAAUGAAAACAAAGAAGAAAUAUAAGGUUUAAGUCAAUAAUUAUAGAACCCACAAUUUCAAAAAUCAAUAGCUGAUACAAUUUUGAAGCAUAUCUGUAAAUUCGAAAGAGAUUAAUUCAAAAGUAAUAACAUUAAUGCUUUCUUUGCGAAUCAAGCCAUGUAAUCCUAAAAUACAGAUCUCUAGAAAUUUGCAGACGAUGAAGGAUAUUACCAAUAAGAAAUUCUCCAGGCUUUCAUUUCGUAUGAAGAUGUUCAAUAGUUCCCAACCUUCUCAUUAAAUUAGGCUUAUAAUCUAGGGAUCCUGGAUUUUAUUUAUCAAAGCACAUUGACUCAAAACACCACAUUUAGACCUUAAGAAGACAGAGUAAAAUAAUAUGUAGAAGCUCCACAAUCAAAUUUUUCAUUAAUUAACAAAAGCAAUGCAAGCGUUUAGAAAAGCAUACUUAAACCAACUAGUUAUUCAGUGUCUACUUAAUCCAAGUUUGAUGAGUGCACUUAAGAAUAUCUUAACAAUUAUAAAAAGUAAUAUCCAUUUUUGAAAGGAUUGGAAUAACUAAAAAAAAGUUUACAGAAACAUUAUUUAUAGGAAUUCAAGUUGAAAUUAAAGAGGAAAAUAAAUAGAAUACAUCAAUAAUGCAUAGCUGGUACAUUUAAAUUGGAUUACUUUAAGAAAUUAUUUUAAAGAUACUUAAUCAAAAUAGGUUUGUAAUAGAUAAAGAAGAAGUCGAAAAUAUCUAAUAUGGUCAACAUUCUGCAAUUGUAGAGGAACCAUUAAUAAUUGUUAUCCAUCAAGCACAUCAAAAGUGUCGUGUAUGUAUAAAAGAAUAUGGCAAACUUGCAAAGAUAGACAUAUUUAAAACGAGCUGUAUUUAGACAUCUGAAUCCAAAGGUAAGGUAUGGAAAGAUGGCUAAAAAGCUGUAAUUAAAGUUGCUUAUCUUAAAAGUAAACGGAAUUUUGAGAGAAGCUUUGAAAUAAAUGAAGAUCACGGCCUUAGCAUUUAAAGUAGAGAUAAGGAAGGAUUUGGCAUUUAAAGUAACGAUAAAGAAGGAAAAGAAAUAGGAAUCACGUGCUCUAGAGAAUUUUAGAAAACUAAGAGAGUUGGAUAAUACUUAAUAUUGA